UGAAACGCGGAAGUAUCACGCGUUUUCUUUCGAACGGUCGCCUUUCUGGACAGCUAAGGAAGUACAGAAUGAGCUAAAACACGUGGUGGUACUAGUUUAUAAGUCUGUGCUCUUCCUUGAGACAUAUUUCACUCCUUUAUCUACCCAUUUUCAACACUGACCGUCCAGCUGUUCAUUUAGCUGCCUAGUUGUCUCAAUAAUGACGGACAAGCAGGAUGAUGAUGAUGAUGCCAUGCAUACGAUUAACGAGGGCGACCAUGUUGUGCUGAAGCGUAGAGAUAUUUUCAAAGCUGUGCAAAUACAGUCCAGAAAGAAGGUAGUGUUUGAGAAGCAGUGGUUCUUUCUGGACAAUGCUGUGGGACAUUUGUACAACACCUCUUUUGAAAUCUUGCCUGGAGGAAAUCUUCAGCUUCCAACAAAAAAGGACACUCAAAGUUCUAAUGAUGCAAAGGAGGCGGGCACAGACAACAGGAACAUAGUAGAUGAUGGUAAAUCCCAAAAACUGACGAGGGACGACAUUGAGACGCUGAAGGAGCAAGGUCUCAAGGGUCAGGAAAUCAUUCAACAACUUAUAGACAACAGCUCCACCUUCAGGGAUAAGACGGAAUUCGCUCAGGACAAGUACAUUAAAAAGAAAAAGAAGAAGUAUGAAAGUACUGUGACCAUUCUGAAGCCAACAUGCCGCAUACUGGCACUCAUGUAUCACGGACGAGAGCCGGGAAAGAUCUGUCACCUGCGAUAUGACACACUGGCCCAGAUGUUGACCCUGGCCAACAUCCACGCAGGUAGCAAAGUGUUGGUGUUUGAAACAUGUGCUGGCCUGGUGCUUGGAGCUGUUAUGGAAAGAAUGGGAGGUUACGGCUCAGUGAUCCAAAUGUACCCGGGGGGUGGCCCGGUCAGGGCGGGAGUGGAGAGCUUUGGCUUCCCCACUCAUUUCCACGACACGCUGCAUGACUUCCCCAUCUGCCACGUCAACGCUUUGCUGGCAGGUACGCUCGACACCAGUGCCAAGGAUUCCAACACUGAUGCAACGCAACCCGAUGUGGCGGCACAGAAGACAACAACGCAGCUGGAGACACAAGAGAGGGACAGUCCAGAGGACCCCAGAAUGGUGACAAACGAGAGCAGUGAACAAAGUCUACAAAAUGAGCUUCAGCGAGCCAAAGAGGCCAAAGCUGAGCUGAAAAGGGUGAGGCAAGAGGAGAAGCGCAAGCGACUGGCGGCAGCGGCGGCCCAGCUUCAGGGCAGGAACGCAGACGGGUUGGUCAUCGCCUCUCGCUUCCACCCGUGUCCCACCCUGAUGGGCUUGAUCAGGUUCUUGGCUCCCUCCAGGCCCUUUGUGGUCUACUCCCAAUACAAAGAGCCCCUUGUGGAGUGCUUCACCAAACUCAAGGAGCAAGGCGGAACUGUCAACCUUCGACUCACUGACACGUGGUUAAGGCACUAUCAGGUGCUGCCUAACAGGACACACCCGGUGCUGCUGAUGAGUGGUGGCGGGGGCUACCUCCUCUCUGGCAUCACGGUCGCCAUGGAGAGGUCGGCUCCUACCGCAAGCUCCACCAAGAUCUUGGAGGAGCCGGCGCCAAAAAGACAGAAAAUUACAGAAAGUUGAACGACCUAAAGGACCCGACUUUUCGUCAGGGCACGUUAGUGAUCGCCUCGGCGGAGCUGCCUGGUGGACACGCGUGAAGCAGUGCAGGCAAGCAGAGUGUCUGUUUAGAUUUAUCACGGAGCUGGUCUGCCGCAAACCAGUUUAUUUUCAGUUUGUAAUAUUAUGUAAGAAAUGUCGAAAAAAACAGAUGCAGCUACUUAGUAUUUUAUUUCUAGGGUGGAAUUUUAUGUAAUUUUUAUUUCUGUGAUCUGUUUGUUUUUGCAUCCUGACUAAAACCAAUUAAAAAGAUUCUUUAUAAGA